CCCGCACGUGGGGCAGCGCCGUGGGGCAGCGCCGUGGGGCGGCCGCGGCCCCUUUGAUCUCAGCGCCAACCCACGGCGGCUCCCCAUUGCGCGGGGCCUAUAAAGGCGCGGUGUCCGCGUCCCGCACCUCCGCCAUCGCCGCACGCCGCUGCCGCAGGACGCACCAGGAUGGGACUCUCCGCCUCCCUCGGGCUCUGCCUGCUGCUGGCGCUGCUCCCCGCGCUGCCGGGUGAGGCCGCCCGCCCCCCACAGCGCCGGCCCCACACAUCGCCCCAUGGGAUGGAGGAAGGUGCUCGGGACCGCCCGGACCGCGGCGGUGCCGGAGGAGGCGCGGAGGCCGGCCCAUGCCCCGAGGGAUGGCUGCAGUUCAGGGGCAGCUGCUACGGGCUGAUCCGUCGGGAGCUGUCCUGGAGGCGGGCGGAGGCGUGGUGCAAGGUGAUCCAGCCCGACUGCCACCUGGCCUCGCUGCACAGCGCCGAGGAGCACCAAGCCGUCGCAGCCUUCAUCGCCGCGAAGCAGCGGAGGGGGGAGGAGGAUGAGAGCGUCUGGAUCGGCCUCCACUACCGGAGCCACGCAUGGCUGUGGGCGGACGGCUCCAAGAAGCGUUAUUCUGCGUGGGAGGAUGACGAGAACCCGAAGGGGCAAGACUGCGCAGUGCUGGAGGGCAGCUCGGGCUUCCUGGAGUGGGACGACGACGCCUGCGCGGAGCGGAAACCCUUCGUCUGCAAAUACAACGCAUAAGGGGAGGGGGCAGCCCCCCGUGGCCGCCCCCCCAUCAUGGACGCCGCCCCUCUGCUCCCGGACCCCCUCCCUCCCUCGGCCGCAGCGCGUGGCCCUGCAAUAAACGUGCCCUGAGCACCA